AUUCUGAGUUAAGUUCAGGACUUCCAGAAGACAGUUACUCUUCAGGAGCUGAAGCUCUGGAUGGUGAUGAUGAAGAUGAAACAGCAGCCCUUGGCAAUGCGGCUGAAGAGGCAACAAGCUCCAAAGAUGGCCCAAGUUCAGGCUGGGCAGAUGCCAUGGCAAAAGUGCUCAACAAAAAGAUUCCACAGAAUAAGUCUACCAUCUUGGCCAAGAAUAAAAGCCUGGAGAAGGAGAAAGAAAAGGAAAAACAAGGAAGGCUGGCAAAGAGGAUGAAGCUCGAUAAAAAGCGGGAAUGGGAAAUGAUGUGCCGAGUGAAGCCAGAUGUGGUCAAAGACCGAGAGAAAGAAAGAAAUCUUCAGAGAAUUGCUACAAGAGGUGUUGUACAAUUAUUUAAUGCAGUCAGGACGCACCAGAAGAAAAUUGAUGAGAAGGUGAAGAAAGCUGGGAGCUCUGAGAGGCAGCGUGCUAAACUGAUGUCUUCUGUUUCAAAGAAAGAUUUCAUCAAUGUUUUAAGAAACAUGGAUGGUGCUAAAGGCAGCAAGAAUCCUGUUGGAAAGGCGACAAAAAGUAAACAGGGUGAAGUGAAGUCUGAAGAGGGGCCAGAAUGGAAUAUACUGCGUGAUGACUUCAUGAUGGGAGCAUCUAUGAAGGACUGGGACAAGGAAAGCGAUGGAGAGGGCGAUACUGAACAAGGAGGUGGUCUGAAACAAGAAGAUGACAGUGACUGAAUGAAACUGAAAAACAUUCAAGAUAAUAUUUUAUCUUCUUAACUUUGUUUGGAUAAAAGUCAGCAUUCUGUGAAUGUACAACACUUGGAGAAUAUCUCUUUUUUUAAAAAAAAAGAAAGUAAAAAGACUUGCACAACCUUGGAGUGCUCUCCACUUCUCCAUGUCAAACUUUUAUUUAAUAUAGCUCCAUUUGCUAUACUGAAAUCCUGAAAUAUUUUCCAAAACAAGUAUAAUUUUCAACAUAUUUCCAAAACAUUUUGUACAGUCAAAAUAGUGGCACUUGCCCAAUGAAAGAUUGAUUUUGUCAAGGUCAUUAAAAGUUUAUACAUUAGUCAUGGCAAUUGAUGUAUUAGUGUGCCUGCAUUUCCAAAUCAGUGUUGCACUUUGAAAAGUUGUUAGCAAUUCACAAUAGAAAUAGCUUACAAUAAACACAGAAAUGCCGUCACCUUGUAAAGUUA